UUCUCGUGUGACGCAUGGUUCACGCUACGGUACGCCAUUUGUGUCGAGCAGCAAAAAGCGCGGACAGUGGAAAUAGUCGUAUAACAAGAGGAGGUUGAUCCAAUUUUGGUGAUAGCGAUCAACACCUCUGUUAUAUAAUUAUAGCAGGGUAUGAUAUGGAUAUAACCUUGAUAUCAGAAAAGGAGGCUGUUGAGGACAAUGUGCCUGACAAUGAAACCAGUGGGACGUUGCAGCAAGAUGAUGUGGACAUGGGAGAAACUAAAAGAGACUCCCCCAGUAGGACUGCCAAGCCGGAUAAAGCAGAUGAAGAACUCGCUACGAGACUUCGGCCGGACUCCGUACCUGAAGAUGGGGAUAACCUCUGCACAAACUGUGGCUUCUCAGCCAAAUGUCCAAGAUCACUGAAGAUUCACUUUGCAAGAAAGCAUGGAAAGAACUCAAAGAAUACGAAUAGAACUGGAAAGCCAGCUGAAAAAAGUGAAAAUAUCUCUAACAUGAGUCCAGCUGAAAUCCAACAGGAAGUAGACAUGGAGACCGAAAGUGCUGCUGAAGUAAAACAACACCCGAAGUCCGAUCUUGAUGUGCUGAGAUCAGCAGCCAAUGAGAUGAACACAAAUAGUUUAACUAAAAAGGAAACUGUAUUAGACAAACAGCAGGUAGAUCAAGAUGAUGCGAUCCCUACCCAAGAGAGAAGAGUAAGCAAGCGAACCCCAAAACCUAAGAUGAUAUAUUCCUGCAACUACUGUGGGCAAGAGUUUAGAGACAAGUCCCCUCUAGAUGUGCAUAUCCAGAGUUACCACACCAAAGACACACCAUACACAUUUGACGCUGGUGAGAACAUAGAAGAAGAAAAGGAAGCUGAGGAUCCUGGCAGCACUCCGAAGGCUACUCCCACUAGAGUGGCAGCUAAACGUGCACUAAGCAGGUUCCAGCUUAAGUGUACAAACUGUGAUUUUAGGGUUAGCACCCCUACAUUGCUGGAGAGCCAUACUCGGAUCAAACACCAGAACCAGGAGUGGUACCGCUGCAAAUUGUGUAACUUCUUUUCGGCCACAUCUGAGUGGAUGGACGCUCACCUGUCCUCCGAUAGUCACAUGCAGCAGCAGAAAGGGGAGGAAAGCACAGAAUCUUCCUCAUUUGAAGUCUACGUUGAGAAUGUAAGCAGAGACAGUGCUGGAGAUGAUGCUAUUAUAGAUGAUAUGGCUCAGGUGACUGGUGCAGAAGGGGUUGCUACUUUGACAGAAGGAGAUCAGGAAACUGAAGAGGCAGUGGAGGCUGCCAAAGCUGAGUUGGUUGAGGAGGAAGAUUUAGAGCUUGAAUCUCCCAAAAGGAAAAGAGGAAGACCAAAGCAAGGGUCCACGACCACUUGUGGAUACUGUGGCCUAGUAGUGUCCAACGCUACUAACCUCAGUGUCCAUGUCCGCCGCAAACACAGCAAGGAGUACGGCUACAGCUGCACUCUGUGCAACUACAGCUGUGUCACUAAAGGAGACAUGGAUCGUCACUGCGUCACAAAGAAACAUGUUAGACGUGCACAAGAGUGCUCAAUUAAGAACCGAGUUGACAAUCACACGAGUGCAUCACUGCAGCAACCCACAAGUACGCAAAGCCAGGAACCAGAGGCAGCCUCACAGACCCCCGACAAAGAGCCGGAAUCUGACAACACAGCCUCCAACGAACACAGUGGAGAAGAGCAAACUCUGUCAGACACAAGCCAGAAAAAAAGUAAAUAUGACUCUGUUAAUGCUUGCAGCCAUUGCGAUUUUGUUGCUCAAUCAGUCCCUUCGCUCCAUCUUCACGUCAAGAGAAAGCACACCAAAGAUUUUGAGUAUGUCUGUCUAGCAUGUAGCUACUAUGCUGUAACGAGUAGGGAAAUGUCUCGCCAUGCCAGCACAGAAAAGCACAAACAGAAAAGCCAGAAAUACCUGGAGCCACUAGGGAGUGAGGGACAAAAAGCUUUGGCACUCCCUUUAAAGCUGAAGGACAUCAUUGAGCUUGUGGGGGCAAACUCUAACUCUGAAUGUGAAUCCGUUAGCCCCAUUGAAGAGUCUGACUCUUGUUCUGAUGACAGCCAAGCUAUGGAAAGUCAGAAUACAGCUGCACCCUCCAUCACCACAGAGCCUGUCGAUGCUGUGGCUAGUGUGGCUGAUAGUGCAGAUGAGAAGCAAGCAGAGACUAUUACAUCUUCCAGCACCAGUGAUCCAGAUCCAACCAACGAGACGAUGGGACUUACAGAGCUGAGUGAAUCCCAGCAGGCUCCAACAGAACUUCAGCCCGAAGAGGAUCCCUCUGCACAACAAGAGAUCCAGAAGGAAGUGGCUAAAGAAGCAGAUGAAGAGCACAAGAUGAUUUUAGAUGCAAAAAGUGACAGCUCUCAUUCAGAUACACAAAUGUCCAAAGCCAUCCCCUUUGAUGCCUGCAUUGUAUCCAUGAAGGUCCUUGCUGAGCAGGAGCUGCAGGAAGGUCUGGCUCUAGAAGGGGAGAAUGCUGUGAUAUGUCUGACUGGGGGAUCACCGGUGACUGGCUUCCUGCCCUCCCAUUCUACCUAUGUCAAGAAGCUCACGCGCAAAGAAAUGAAGGUCAGGAAAGAAGCCACAGGAAACAGCUCGCGCAUACGUUGCGACGACUGUGGCUUUAUGGCCGAUGGCAUCAGCGGCCUCAACGUCCACAUCUCAAUGAAACAUCCGUCCAAGGAGAAGCAUUUCCACUGCUUGGUGUGCGGCAAGUCGUUCUACACAGAAAGCAACCUGCACCAACACCUGACUAGCGCUGCGCACCUUCGCAAUGAACAGAACAGUGUGGAGGAGCUGCCCGAAGGGGGCGCAAGCUUCAAGUGCGUAAAAUGCACAGACCGCUUCGAGUCGGAACAGGAGCUGUUUGUUCACAUUAAGGAGAAGCACGAGGAGCUUUUGAGGGAGGUCAACAAGUACGUGGUGGAGGACACGGAGCAGAUCAACCGUGAGCGCGAGGAGAACCAGGGCAGUGUGUGUAAAUAUUGUGGCAAGGUGUGCAAGAGCAGCAACUCCAUGGCCUUCCUGGCACACAUCCGCACACAUACUGGAUCCAAGCCCUUCAUGUGUAAGAUCUGCAACUUUGCAACUGCUCAGCUGGGAGACGCCAGGAACCACGUGAAGAGACACCUUGGCAUGAGAGAGUACAAAUGUGACAUCUGUGGAUGGGCCUUUGUGAUGAAGAAACACCUCAGCACCCACCUGCUGGGAAAACAUGGAGUUGGACAGCGCAAAGAAAGAAAGUUUGAAUGUGAGUUGUGCGAUCGCUCCUUCAGUGAAAAAUGGGCCCUGAACAACCACAUGAAACUGCACAGUGGGGAGAAACCAUAUAAGUGUGCCUGGCCUUCCUGCCACUACGCCUUCCUCAACCUGUCGGCCAUGAAGGACCACUACAGGACACACACAGGAGAGAAGUCUUAUCUGUGUGACCUGUGUGGCUUUGCUGGAGGCACAAGACACGCCCUUACCAAACACAGACGCCAGCACACAGGAGAGAGACCCUUCAAAUGUAAGCUCUGCAACUUCGCCUCCACCACGCAGUCCCACCUAUCGCGGCACAAGCGUGUUCACACCGGGGAGAAACCGUACCGCUGCCCCUGGUGCGACUACAGAUCCAACUGUGCUGAGAACAUCCGGAAGCACAUUCUCCAUACAGGGAAACACGAGGGCGUGAAGAUGUACAACUGUCCCAAAUGUAGCCAUGCCACCAACUCUCCCAUGGAGUUCCGCAACCACCUGAAGGAAAAUCACAUUGAUAUUGAGAAUCCAGACCUCGCCUACCUACAUGCAGGUAUUGUGUCCAAGUCUUUCGAGUGUCGUCUAAAGGGUCAGGGGGCUACGUUUGUGGAAACAGAAGCCGUGGAGUCCCCUGUACACAAUAAGGGCUCAUCAGAGGCAUCCUGCCACGACGAGCCUGUCCAGCAGGUCAUCAUUAUCCAGGGCUACAGCGACGGGGAGGUGACCAUCGACCAGGCGCUGGAGGAGUCGGCUGCUGCCACCUUGCAGACGCUGGCCAUGGCCGGCCAGGUGGCAGAGGUGCUCCACAUCACAGAAGACGGACAAUUUAUAGCCUCGGGCAGGGAAGUGGCAUCAGCGGGAGCCCAUCUGGCUGGAGGCACCACCCAGUACGUGGUGCUGGAGUCGGGGGAGGCCAGGAAAGAGCUGCGGGCUAUAACUAGAGGAGGGUUAGCAGUCGCAGCCUCGGGACAAAGCCACAUUUUAUCAGAGUCGUCCACAGCUCUGGAUGCUUUGCUCAGCGCUGUCAGCGAAAUGGGCCAUCACGAAGAAAGGCAAGGGGAGACAGCCGUCGUUCAUGGGGUCCUGACCCCCGAGAUAGCCGAGGCUGUGCGGAGCGUAAAACAGCAACAAGAGGAGAUGCAGGUCAUCCAGGAGAGAGGCCAGGAGGAGAUGCAGGAGGUGCUGCAGCUCGCCGCAACCCAGAUGAUGAAGGAAGGUCUAACCCAGGUUAUUGUCAACGACGAAGGAACGCACUACAUCGUGACAGAGCUGGACAACUGCACCUUACAGGUGGAGGGAGGCGUGUAUGGAGAGAUGGCAGGUGACGGGGAGUUGCAGCAGACAGAGCCGCAGGCUGGAGAAGAGAUGGUGGUGUAUCUGGAUGGAACCCCUCAUAAUAUAGUUCUGGAAGGGUAGAGGACACAGAAAUGAACUCAAAAGUUGUUGUUUCAUCUCAGUUCGCCGGUUUAUUUCUAUUGAAGCCUGAAACACUGUUUCUGUUUUCUUCUGCUGGGCUACGCUAACCUCAGGUUAAACAUCAGUUAUUCAGAUGGACAGUGAAGGAAACAAGCUUUGGUGCUAAGUGAGUUUACUUGCCAUCCUCACAGUGCAUUAAUGCCAUGCAACUUAAGAAUAUUAAUAUAUUUCCUCCUGAAAUAUUUUUCAAAAUACAUCUAAUAUUCUGAGUCCUGACAAAGGAAAAUGUGCAUUCUGCUUUUUGUUCUCUUUAUGAUGCUUUGUUUAAUACUACCUUAAGUUUUGUUUGUGAUGUUAGAUGGUUUAUUCAUUCUUGUCUCACUUUUUAUUUCUUUCCAUCCUUUGUAGUGAUUAGUAUAUUACUAGUUAUGAAACAAUAACUUGAUGGAUUUUGAGGAACAGAUCUACCAGAUUAUUUAUAUGUAAUAAAAUAGAGUUGAUAAUUAUACAUUUCAGUUUUCUGACAACCCCUCAGCUGUUCAGCCUUUGGGAAACCAUUAAUGCAAUUUCAUUUCUGACAAUAAAGAGUGAGUCUAAUUUUUAA